GCAGCAGGUGGCGCUUCGUGCCUCCACCCUGGACCAGCUGAAGCAGGUAGGUGGCAAAGAAGGCUCCAUCCCCUUGGAGAAGUACCGCAACAUUGGGAUCAUGGCCCACAUCGACGCUGGCAAGACCACCACCACGGAGCGAAUCCUCUAUUACACUGGUCGUGAGAAGAAUAUCGGCGAGGUCCAUGAGGGCCAGGCCACCAUGGACUGGAUGGAGCAGGAGCAGGAGCGAGGAAUCACGAUUACCAGCGCGGCGACUACAGCCUUCUGGGAUGGCCACCGAAUCAACAUUGUGGACACUCCAGGUCACGUGGAUUUCACGCUCGAGGUGGAGCGCUCCCUCCGUGUGCUAGACGGUGCAGUGGCUGUCUUUGACGGUGUGGCCGGGGUGGAGCCUCAGAGUGAGACCGUGUGGCGCCAGGCAGACAAGUACAAGGUGCCGCGCAUGUGCUUUGUGAACAAGAUGGACCGUGAGGGCGCUGACUUCUACAAGGAUGUGCAGAUGAUGGUAGACCAGCUUGGAACCAACCCAGUGCCCAUCCAGCUGCCCAUCGGCAAAGGUUCCACCUUCAAAGGUGUCUUCGACCUUGUAAACAUGAAGACUUUGAUUUGGACUGGUGAGGAGCUUGGGGCAAAGUACGACAUCAAGGAUGAGAUCCCCGAGGGCAUGGAGGAGGAAGUGGCCAAAUGGCGGGAGAAUCUCAUUGAGAAGGCCGUAGAACAGGACGAGGAAGUUUUGGAAGCCUACCUGGAGUCUGGUGAGGCACCAUCCCUGGAGGAUCUCAAGAAGUGCAUCCGUAAGGGCACCCUUACGUUCAGCUUGGUGCCAGGCGUGCAGCCUUUGCUGGACGCCGUCUGCGACUACCUUCCGUCGCCUGAGGAGGAAGUCGAACGCAAGAACGACCCCGAGGAGAAGCUUGCCGGCUUGGCUUUCAAGGUGGCAGCUGAUCCCUACAUCGGUACCCUGACCUUCUACCGAAUCUACUCCGGCAGAGUGAAGAGUGGCGAGAUG